UAACUUUAAAAGCAGCUUGAAAAACACAAAAUCUACAGAAGUUCCAGCUUUACAUGUUCCUACUGAUUGUUGAGAUACCAACACAAAAAGAUUGAUAUCGUAAGCAAGAAUACAGAGUCUGGGUGUUCAGGGUGGAUUACAUAGACUGUUACAGCAGUAGAAUACAAUAAUCAAGAAUGGCACGUGCCAGGGAACAUCCCAAUUGUUUCCGUGUAGCAAUGACUCUUAUAAUCAUAAGUGGAUUAGUAAUCGUUAUAGGGGGAGUGGUACGGCUAAUAAUAGACCGUUCUGUUGAUGGUGGAGGUCUUAUCAUCAUCGCUAUGGGAUCGUUUCCAGUUUUAAUAGGUAUUCUAGUUUGGCUAAAAAGAUUUGGACAGAUUAAACUACAGAAUCAACAGUCUAAUGUAGCACGAUCGACUAAUUCGGAGAAUACAACUGAUGAAGCACCUGAGACACAACAGGUUUCCUCCCCUCCGCGUUAUGGAGUCUCAUUAUUUGAUCUAAUGCCAUGCACGCAUGUACUGGAUAUAAACCCAACAGAAAGAGCAACCAUAAAUCCCUCUGUAAGGUCAACUGAGAACACUGGUCUGACCAGCAUCGGAUCCCCAACUAAUGAGGCACAACAGGUUUCCUCCCCUCCGCGUUAUGGAGGCUCAUUAUUUGAACGAACGCCAUACUCGCAUAUACUGGAUAUAUACCCAGCAAACAUAAAUUCCUCUGAUGAGGACACUGGUCUGACCAGCAUAGAAUCCCCAGGUCAUGAGGCACAACAGGGUACCUCCCCUCCGCGUUAUGAAGCCUUAUUUUUAGAACCGCCGCCAUACUCGCAUGUACUGUAUAUAAACCCAACAGAAAGAGCAACCACAAAUUCCUCUUAAAGAUCAAAUGAAGACACUGGUCUGACCAACAUAGAAUCCCCAGGUCAUGAGGCACAACAGGUUUCAUCCCCUUCA